CACCUCGCGGCCGCCAUGGAUGCGAUGAGAAGAAGCUCCGCUGAACGGGUAUUGCCGCCGCCAUCUCUUUCCCUCUCUGGAGUCAUUACUCGGAGCAAAUACCAGCUCCGCCACCGUAGCCCCAUUGGCCAUCUUCAGUCGUCGGGCGCAGGUUGUGGAAAUGACUCGGUCAACUACUCUUCGAAUGACGACGACGACCACCUGCUUAUCAGUGAUCUUUGGAAGAAAGCGAAGCUGAAUCAAGAAAGUUCCGUCGAAGACGAUGGUGAGCCCUCUCCCAUUCUGAUAAAGGACCUUCGUGCCAGACGCGUUUAUUCCCCGCAAUCGGUUGGCGGGACUUUUUCUUACUCGAGUCCGAAUGUCGAUACUGUGGAAUCAAAGGUCGGAUCUAGUUGCGGAGAUCAGGUAAUGGUUGAUUCUGGUUCUGGGUCAGCUUCCACUGCAGAAAACAAUGACCGCGCAGAAGUUUCGAGGAGAGAUAGCGAGAUUGGUAGCUUGGGCGAAAGUUUGCCUUCGGAAAGUCGGAGUGGGGACGAAAUAAAUUCAAUUUUGUCUUCAAUUGUGAAGGAAUAUCGAUCUGAGAAAGAUGAUGAUCUCUAUUCUGACGGUGCUUUGAAGACAACGAACAAAGAAACCGAAGGUCCUGUUGUGGGCUAUCCUUACAAAGCUCAGGAUACGGAUCACGCAAGUCAUGAAUCGGCGGGUGAGGGCAAACAGUUACAAUAUUUCAGCGGUUGUCGUGAUGGUGCUGGUGCUUUUGAGAUAGUUGACAAUUCGAACGGAGUACCUAAACUUGCGACUCCCCCUGAUGAUAUCGUGACGCGUGGUGAGGUAAAGCUUAAUGGAGAUGGAGGAAAACAAGUAGAGGCUAUUCAUAUCAAAGAUACACAGUUGACUGAAAAUACUGAUGGAAAAGCGGAGGAAUCUUCAUGCCCGAACGCUGGUGACAACAAAGAUUCUUUAAAGAGCAAAUUUGUGCUAAGACCACGCUUGCAGAGGAAACUGUUCAAAAGUCCAGGUUCAGUGAGCUACAGAAAGCUGCUUCCAUUUAUAAUGAAUAUGAUUAAAGAUGAUCCUGGCACUUCAUUACUGGGUCAUCGCCAAAAUGGUGAAAAGGUUAAUGGUGCAAAACAAUUCCAACAUCCUUUGUCAUCUCUAAGCCAAGAAGCUUCAAAAGACCAACUGAUGACAUACAGUGGCCCGAGGAAUGAUAAUGAUGACUUCAAAGUUUUGGCCGACAACAGUGAUUUAUCUGGUGGUAAUCAGUCAAAACUGACGUCUCGCAAAGACUUGCCUGAAUCGCCAAAGCAACUGAGUGCUAAAGAAGUGGCUCAUGACUGUUCAUCCGUGCCUUCUGUGAAUGAGCACGUUGAGAACGUUGAGACUAGUCUUGAACGCUUGAGCAACAUAAAGGCUGAAGUUGUAAAUGUUCACUGUGACAAGGAUGUUGCAAAUGCUGUUCCCAUCAGUGUUCAUGGCUGUAAAGCAGAGGCUAUUGAUGGUGUAGAUACUUCGGAGAAACUCUGCCUUGUGAGCCAACAAUGUUUAAGUCUCCCUGACGCUGAUCGAUGUGGUGAGAACAAGAAUAUUCCCAGCAGCACAGAUGUUAUCAACACUUUGGAUUUGACCCCAAGUAAUAAGGCAAAUGCUGGGGAGGGAUUUUGCCCAAAUGCUACGAAGGGAAAAGACAAUGUUCUUAGGAGUAAAUCUGUACUCAAACCAUGUUUGCAGAGGAAACUUUUCAAAACACCAGGUUCAUUAAGCUACAAAAGGUUGCUUCCAUUUCUAAAGGAUAUUGCCAAGGAUGAUUGUGGUGCCCUGAAAUUGGGCCAGUGCCAGAGAGAUGAGAGGGGUAUGAGAUCCCAGCCUCCUUUGGUGUUUCAAAGUCGAGAGUCUCCUACAGAUGAACUUAAAACAGAGAGCCGCCCCAUGCAUGAGACUGUUAAUGAAGCAAAUGAGAUCCAAGAUACUGCAACGAUAUAUGCUCUAUCAAACGGAGAUUGCAUUUCGGAGUGUUCUCCUAACUUGCCAAGUUCUGUUGCUAAUAUCGAUUCUCCAUUUACGCCUUCAAGUCCCAUUAUGAAUGAAACUACGACCGGAGAAUAUUCUACUUCUGUGUCACAUCAGUUAUCAGUUUACGCUAAAGCGAAAAGUGACAGUUCUUCAAAUGGAGAGAAGCAUCUCAAUACUAACCUAUAUUGUCAGAAGCUGCAAACGAAAACCUUGGAGAAACACACAACCCCUACUGUUGGUCUCAAAAAGGGGAUUCUUAAAAGAAAUCCAAGAGGAUGUAGAGGACUCUGCACGUGUUUGAACUGUGCUUCUUUUCGUCUUCAUGCUGAGAGAGCAUUUGAAUUCUCAAGAAAUCUGUUCUUAGAUGCCGAAGAGGUUGCUCUAGACCUUAUGAAGGAACUAUUUCAUCUAAGAAACAUGUUAGAAAGACGGACUGAUGGUGCUAAUGAUCACCCUGUUGUUGAUGAAAAUCAGGUGAAGGAAGCUUGCAUGACAGCUUUUGCAGCAGAACAAUUAGCCAAGGAACGCCUUAGCCAGAUGAACGAUGAUCUCAACAUCCAUUGUAGAAUCACGAGCUUUCAGCAACCAAGGGUUAAAUUUGCAAAUUACAUUGAAGAAAAAGUCAUUUCACCAGGCAGGUUGUCCGGGCAAAAGUAGCACGCAAGACUUUGAAAUAUUUGUAAUAACUUGUGUAUGGCGUAUUGUAACUUUCGCAAGUUAUGCGGGAAUUCCUUGUACAUGGGAGUGAACUGUGAUUGGUAUAUUUGAAGAAUCCAAACUAUCGAAGAGUCUGUUGUGAGCUACGAAGCAUGUUAAAGAAAAGACAAGAAAAGAAAAAAAAAACUCCAGGGUGACAGAUCGGAUUCUUUUUUGUGUGGAUAUGGUGAUGUCGAGGAAUUAUUGAAAAUUAAGGGCUGGAAGGAAGUUUUACUGCGCUGACUGGCUGAGAAGACACCUGACGGUGUCAAGCAUCACUUUGCUAUUCUUUGAAUACUGUAAAGUGUCCG